UGGCGUGACGUCAUUACAAGGCGCCCGCUCUCCCGCACAGUGGCUGCUUGUCCAGGAUGGCGGAUACUCUGAAUGUCGGGGUGAAUCUGGAGGCCUUCUCCCAGGCUAUUCAUUGUAUCCAGGCCCUGCGUUCCAGCGUCACCCGCGUCUUCGACUGCCUGAAGGAUGGAAUGAAGAACAAGGAGAGCCAGGAGGUCCGAGAGAGGGCGUUUGUCUCUGAGUUCCAGGACAACUUGCACUGCGUCAACAGGGACCUCAAUGAGCUGGAACGUCUCAGCAACUUAGUUGGAAAACCUUCUGAGAACCACCCCCUUCAUAACAGUGGACUGCUGAGCCUGGAUCCUGUUCACGACAAGACUCCCCUAUACAGCCAGCUCCUUCAGGCCUACAAGUGGUCAAACAAGCUGCAGUUCCAUGCCGGCCUUGCAUCGGGUCUCCUUAAUCAGCAGUCGUUGAAACGGUCCGCCAAUCAGAUGGGCGUGUCGGCGAAACGCAGACCAAAAGUGCAACCGACUACUCUUGCCCUUCCUCCGCAAUACAUUGAUGAUGUCAUCAGCCGGAUCGAUAGAAUGUUCCCUGAAAUGACCAUCCAAUUAUCAAGACCUAACGGGAGCUCGGCAAUGUUGCUGGUGACCCUGGGGAAAGUGCUCAAAGUGGUGGUGGUGAUGCGCAGCCUUUUCAUUGACCGCACCAUAGUAAAGGGCUACAACGAAAACGUUUAUACAGAAGACGGCAAGUUGGACAUAUGGUCGAAGUCCAAUUACCAAGUCUUCCAGAAGGUGACGGAUCAUGCCACCACCGCUCUACUCCAUUACCAGCUGCCGCAGAUGCCCGAUGUAGUGGUUCGUUCCUUUAUGACCUGGUUAAGAAGUUACAUCAAGCUGUUCCAGGCUCCAUGCCAACGCUGCGGGAAGUUUUUGCAGGACGGGCUGCCUCCGACAUGGAGGGAUUUCCGGACGCUCGAAGCGUUCCACGACUCUUGCAGGCAGUAGAGAAGAACGAGAGGGGUUUUUGAAAGAUCUGCGGCUCCCUCUGUCCCCCCCAUUUAAGUGGAACGUCCUCAGAUCAAUUACAAACCCCCCGAGCUGGAGACGGGGGCCGUACAGAAACCUGCUUCAUCCUAAUGACAUUCAGCCUGCAGAGAACAGGGACCUUUGCACCCCGACAACAACAGACACAUUCUCAGUGAGCAUUAGAAAUGGCAGAGACAUUGAUCGGUGUAUUUUCUCUAGGCCUGGGGCACAGUACUGACAUUUCAAAGUGAUGGAGAACAGGGAAUAGAGUCAGGGAAGCGCAGUGAUUGGCUGUCCAUUCUCUUGCCUUGCCCGGCUCUGUUUCAUGCGUCUUUGAGUGGCAUAAUAAUCCCAACCAGCCUUUGAUGCCACCCUGCUGCUGUAUUCCAGGCUUCUCUAGCUCUUUAAACUGCACCGGCUGCUUUCAUCCCUAUGUAUAUUCCCUACAUCAGACAUGUCCGUCUCUGAGCCUUUAGUCACCUCCAAAUACCAGUCCCCCAAAACUGAAAUUAGAGAGAGUGGUGCUCAAUGGUGGGCCGAAGGUCGGUAAUACAGUGGGGUACAAGGGAUUUAUAUUUCCAUAGUCUAGGGGUGCAAGGGAUUUAUAUUUCAAUAGUCUGGGGGUGCAAGGGAUUUCUACUUCAAUAGUCGGGGUGCAGGGGAUUUCUACUUCAAUAGUCGGGGUGCAGGGGAUUUCUACUUCAAUCGUCUGGGGUGCAAGGGAUUUCUACUUCAAUAGUCUGGGGGUGCAAGGGAUUUCUACUUCAAUAGUCUGGGGGUACAAGAGAUUUCUACUUCAAUAGUCUGGGGUGCAAGGGAUUUAUAUUUCAAUAGUCUGGGGGUGCAAGGGAUUUCUACUUCAAUAGUCUGGGGGUGCAAGAGAUUUCUACUUCAAUAGUCGGGGUGAAAGGGAUUUCUACUUCAUUAGUCUGGGGGUGCAAGGGAUUUCUACUUCAAUAGUCUGGGGGUGCAAGGGAUUUCUACUUCAAUAGUCUGGGGGUGCAAGGGAUUUCUACUUCAAUAGUCUGGGGGUGCAUAUGUUUCAAGGCUUGUCCGAUGGGCCUAUCGAGCCAAGCAGGGAUCAUAAGCGAUUGGAUAGCCAUUUUUUGUAAUCCCUCCCACUUUGAAAAUACAGGUAUGGGAUCCGUUAUCCGGAAGCUUGUUAUCCAGAAAGCUCCAAAUUACGGAAAGACUCCAUUAUAAUCAAAUUAUCCAACUUUUUAAAAAUGACUUUUUCUCUGUAUUAACAGCACAGUACAUUGUCCAAACUAAGAUAUAAUUGAUCUUUAUUGAAAGUAAAACCAGCCUAUUGGCUUUUAAUGUUUACAUGAUUUUCUAGUAGACAAGGUAUGAAGAUCCUAAUUACAGAAAGAUCCGUUAUCUGGAAAGCCCCAGGUCCCGAGCAUUCUGGAUAACAGGUCCCCUACCUGUACUAUUUUUCUGUUGGAUUUCUCAGCUUGUAAAUAAAUCCAUUCUGUUUUCUGA